GAGGGAGGAAACUGGAGCCGGAAGAGCGGCGGUCCGGCGGCGGCGGCGGCUGAGUUGGUGGUGGCGGAGUCAAAGGCGACCGACAGCUACGGCGGGUGGCAGCGGGCGGCGAGAACAGGAUGCAGGUCCGGGUCGGGCUGACGCUGCUGCUGUGUGCGGUGCUGCUGGGCUCGGCGUCCUCGGAUGAAGAAGGCAACCAGGAUGAAUCUUUAGAUUCCAAGACUUCUUUGCCACCAGACGAAUCAGUAAAGGACCAGACCAUCACAGGUAGAGUAGUUGCUGGUCAGAUAUUUGUUGAUGCAGAAGAAUCAGAAUUGGAAUCUCCCGUUCAAGAAGAGGAGGACAGCCUGAAGAACCAGGAAGGGGAAGGUGCCACAGAAGAAAUCAGUUUUCUGGACUCUCCAAAUCCAGAAAAAGACUAUGACGAACCAAGGAAAAUACGGAAACCAGCCUUUACCGCCAUUGAAGGCACAGCACAUGGGGAACCCUGCCACUUCCCUUUCCUUUUUUUGGACAAGGAAUAUGAUGAAUGUACGUCCGAUGGGAGGGAAGAUGGCAGACUGUGGUGUGCUACAACCUACGACUACAAAACUGAUGAGAAGUGGGGCUUCUGUGAAACUGAAGAAGAGGCUGCUAAGAGACGGCAGAUGCAGGAAGCAGAAAUGCUGUAUCAGACUGGAAUGAAAAUCCUCAAUGGAAGCAACAAGAAAAGCAAAAAAAGAGAAGCAUAUCGGUAUCUUCAAAAGGCAGCAAGCCUGAAUCAUACCAAGGCUCUGGAGAGAGUGUCCUAUGCCCUUCUGUUUGGGGAUUACCUGCCACAGAAUAUCCAGGCCGCUAAAGAGAUGUUUGAGAAGCUCACUGAGGAUGGCUCUCCCAAAGGGCAGGCUGCUCUUGGCUUUCUCUAUGCCUCUGGACUUGGUGUUAAUUCAAGUCAGGCAAAGGCUCUUGUGUAUUAUACUUUUGGAGCUCUUGGAGGUAAUCUAAUAGCCCACAUGGUUUUGGGAUACCGGUAUUGGGCUGGCAUUGGCGUCCUCCAGAGCUGUGAAUCUGCACUGACGCAUUAUCGUCUUGUUGCCAAUCAUGUUGCUAGUGAUAUCUCGCUAACAGGCGGCUCAGUGGUGCAGAGGAUCCGACUGCCUGAUGAAGUAGAAAACCCAGGAAUGAACAGUGGGAUGCUGGAAGAAGACUUGAUUCAAUAUUACCAGUUCCUAGCUGAAAAGGGUGAUGUACAAGCGCAAGUUGGUCUGGGACAACUGCAUCUGCACGGCGGGCGUGGAGUAGAACAGAAUCACCAGAGAGCGUUUGACUACUUCAACUUAGCAGCUAAUGCUGGCAAUUCACACGCUAUGGCCUUCUUAGGAAAGAUGUAUUCAGAAGGAAGUGAUAUUGUACCUCAGAGCAAUGAGACAGCUCUGCACUACUUUAAGAAAGCUGCUGAUAUGGGCAACCCAGUUGGACAGAGUGGGCUUGGAAUGGCCUACCUCUACGGGAGAGGAGUUCAAGUUAAUUAUGACCUGGCACUGAAGUAUUUCCAGAAAGCUGCUGAACAAGGCUGGGUAGAUGGACAACUACAGCUUGGUUCUAUGUAUUAUAAUGGCAUUGGAGUCAAGAGAGAUUAUAAGCAGGCCUUGAAGUAUUUUAACUUAGCUUCUCAAGGAGGCCAUAUCUUGGCUUUCUAUAACCUGGCACAGAUGCACGCCAGCGGCACAGGUGUGAUGCGGUCCUGUCACACUGCAGUGGAGUUGUUUAAGAACGUGUGUGAACGUGGCCGCUGGUCCGAGAGACUCAUGACGGCCUAUAACAGCUACAAAGACGGUGACUACAAUGCCGCAGUGAUCCAGUACCUCCUGCUGGCGGAACAAGGCUAUGAAGUGGCGCAAAGCAACGCAGCCUUCAUUCUUGACCAGAGAGAAGCAACCAUUGUUGGUGAGAAUGAAACGUAUCCCAGAGCUUUGCUGCACUGGAACAGGGCCGCCUCGCAAGGCUACACCGUGGCUAGAAUCAAGCUCGGAGACUACCAUUUCUAUGGGUUUGGCACCGACGUAGAUUACGAGACCGCGUUCAUUCAUUACCGCCUUGCUUCCGAGCAGCAGCACAGCGCACAAGCGAUGUUCAACCUGGGGUAUAUGCACGAGAAGGGCCUGGGCAUUAAGCAGGACAUUCAUCUUGCAAAACGCUUUUAUGACAUGGCAGCGGAAGCAAGCCCAGAUGCACAAGUCCCCGUCUUCUUAGCACUCUGCAAAUUGGGCGUUGUGUACUUCUUGCAGUAUAUAAGGGAAACAAAUAUUCGAGAUAUGUUCACUCAGGUGGACAUGGACCAGCUUCUGGGCCCCGAGUGGGACCUUUACCUCAUGACCAUCAUCGCGUUGCUCUUGGGAACAGUCAUAGCCUACAGACAGAGACAGCACCAGGACCUGCCUGUGCCCAGGCCUCCGGGGCCAAGGCCAGCCCCGCCCCAGCAGGAGGCGCCACCUGAGCAGCAGCCGCCCCAGUAACAGCCACCAGCCCAGCCUCGGCCAGUAACUCCCACGGACUUGUUUGCUGCGGACUUGCAUUUGAAUGAAGACUCUGGCUUGGUGGCCUCCUGGAAGAGGCACAGGAAGCAUUGAAUGCCUAAAGCUGCUUAGAAUCUGAUGCCUUUAUUUUCAGGGAUAAGUAGCUCGUUCCUAAGCUGAGCUGAAUGUUCGUUUGUUUCAGUGCCAUAUGAAUAACAACUCAGUGGCUUUCCUUUUUUUUUUUUCUCUGGAAACAUGUGAGACCCUCAAAAGUAACGUCUGCCGUAGCCGGCUGUCUUUCAUUGGUCCCUUUGGUCGUUCUCUCCCCGUGCGGAAGUUCUCAUACCAACCGUCUGUAAGGUCUUGUGUAGCAACACUAAGAACUGAUGGAUGUAAGAAGAAGACUCAGUUGCAAGUCUAACCGUAAACACGUUUAAAAGUCUGAAAGUAAAAAACAUAAAAAAGAUACAUUUAAAAGUCUGAAAGUAAAAAACAAAAGACACCUUCAAAGUGUUUUGGAGCUGUGAUAACUGAGAGACUGACCAGUCCACAUGCAAGUUCUCACAUGCAGCAUUUUUUUCUUUUAAAAUGGAAGGUUGGGAGGUUUCUUCCUAUAGGCGAUUGUCACACUUCGUACCGUACUUCUCUCCCUCAAAGACUGCAAGGCUUUGUUGAAAGAGUUGUGUGGGAGUGUCCCUUCCUUGUAGUAGAAUACAUGUGGGAUUCUGUGAGCAGAUUUCUGUGCUGACAUGAGCUUGCCCUGCCUGCUCCGUGUAAUCUGCUUGUUUAUUUUGAGUAUACAGAGCCUUGAUCCAGAAGCUGGAGGAUGGACUAAGUGGAUGAAAUGAAAAGCAAUGCUAAAGAACCUCACAUGAGGUCCCAGCACCAUAGACACUUCCCCAAAAGUUGAAGCAUUUGUUCCCACGUUUUGUUUCACUUUGCAUUUCUUUCUGCACAAAGAACCGUUCUCCCUCGUGAACCCUUCAGAUAUGAAAUAGCGUUUUUAGUGUGCGGCCCACAGGAACGACUACAGCUGAGAGCACCGAAGGGGGGUUCCACUCAGUGCCCGAUGAAAAGCAGGGCCUGUCCGCACUGUCCUGUGUGUCCAGGGAGCUUUAUUUCUGGCGGUUUUGUGUUACAGGAGAAAACUGCUUGCUUCCUGAUCCCGCUCACCGUCCUCCCACUGUUGCAAACAUCAGGAAAGUCAGGGCUGCGGCACCAUAGAAUCGCCUGGUUAGACAGAAGACAACAACCAAAAAGAAAAUUGGUAGCUUCACUCUAUCACUCAAAUGAAAGCAGUAACCCAUAAGCUGAAUUGGAUUUCUUUGUAUCAUCAAACGGUGGGGGCUCACCGGAGGCUCCGUAGUGAGUGGGCAGUCCACAGACAUAGUCUGAACCCCUCAUCUGCAAGAAAACUUGAAGAGUUCAUUACUUGUAGAGUUGUAAUGCUAGGGAUUUUAAAUUCAGGGUUGUUCUUAGAACUAGAUUUAAUUAGUCUAGAGUGAACAUGAAGGCUUUAAAUGUGAACUUGUGUGCUUUUUUGUGCGUGUUUAGAGUAUUAUGGGAAACUUGAUAAGCGAACUUCCUCCCAGGCAUUUGCUUCCGCGUUUGAAGAAGUAGUCAGAGAGGACCACACAUAGAAAAGCGUAUCUGUGAGAGAUAGGAAACCUGCCCUUUGCCUUGGGCAACCCUUGUAAAUACAAAGACUGUUGGUCUCUUACAUUGAGACCGGACCGCAGGUGGUACCGUAUGUUGGCGUCUUCACAGAUGCCUCUGCCCCGCCCCUUCAGAACAAGUGUCAUCCAGGGGAGGCCGCACUUCAUUUAGAAAGCACUGUGGUAAUUUAUUCUGAGGUGAAGGCCCCAGGCACAGUGUCACGCACCUGAGGUCCUAGCCACUUGGAAGGGCAAGGCCAGAGGAUCACGUGAGCCCAUGAGUUUGAGACCAGCCUGGGCAGCACAGGAAGACCCUGCCUCCAAAAAAAGUCAAAAUGCUUCUAAGAAAUGACAACCAAGUUUCAUUUUCCCCCCUGCCAUCCACCUGCUUUCUCCUUGCCCAAUAUUUUUAUAUCAAGCUUUCCCUCCCUGCCCUGGUACUUGGAGAAAACACUUCUUCAGUCAGCGUGCACUACCUAAGGUGGAUGGGCAAGCGUGGUCUUGUUCUUCGGGUAUUAACAGCUGCCCGUCACUGUACCCUUGCCGUGUCCUUUUUCAUUGUUAGUAGUAGUAGGACUGCAAAUAUCCUUCCCUUGGCUUGUUUCUACCUCCUGUUUUUCCCGGGGCCUUUGCUUCCAAAAAAUUUAGAUAGUAUGUUUAACAUAACUCAGCCCUUAUGGCUCCUUUAAAGACUGUAUCAGAACACUUUGUUCCCUUGUCUUUUGGUUCAUGAGACGUGGUACCUAAGCAAAUAGGAAUUGGGCUUGGUUUUUCUCCUAAAAAUAAUGCACAAUACUUACCUAAUCAAAUGGCAUCCAUUUGAAUAAAAUGACAAUAGCUAAAGCUAGUGAAUGUCAGUGACAUUAAACUAACUCCAGGAUUCAGGAGUUUCAGUGUUAGAGUUUAGACUUGCCGGUAGAGUACGGCUUCAUCUCUCCAUGCAGCCCACCUCUGCUGACGUCUCUGCAGCCUCUCGGCCUCCAGAGGUGACGAGACUGUUCAUCAGUUCUCUGUGCUUUGCUUCUAAUUUUACCAGGUGGCCCUGGUAAGUUUUUUGGUCGUUUUUCCUUUUGUGUUUGAAAUUUUUGUUUCUGUUUUCUAGGAGAGGCUUGACUUAUUUUUGGUUAACUGUGGCGUAGAAAAGGCAAAUGAGAAGUUUUUUCCAAAGUUGACUGUUUAGAACUUACAUUGGAUUAUGAACUAUUAAUCCUGACAUUCUGAAGAAUCUGUUGCUCUGCUGCAGUGGAAGGGUAAUUUCUGAGAAUUUUACCACCAAGCUGUUUUCUCUCUGUACCGUUGGAAAAGCUUAGAAACUUCCACCAGCGAUCAAUGAUCCAAUGAGUAAGCCUACAGGAAACACACACACACACACACACACACAGCAUUUUUUGUUUUUCUUUCUCUGCUCCUCAUGUUUGUUAUUCAAACCAAUGUUUUGGAAGUAUGCAUGCAGGCCUCUGAAUGAAAACCACAGUUCUUCAUAUGUGUAGCAUGUGUACUAAUGUCUAUGUUGAGACAGGGUCUCGCUAAGUUGCCCAGGCUGGGCUCAAACCUGCAAUCCUCCUGCCUCAGCCACCUCAGCCUCCCAGAGUGCUGGGAUUACAGGCAUGUGCCACCACACCUUACACUAAUGUCUAACUGUAUCUGCAAGAACUUCCUUGACAGAGGCUUGGACUAACAGUUCACAUGCACAUUUCGAAACAAGAUGCUUCAGGUAAACGGCUGCUUUACCUGGCAGAAAGAACAGGGCUGUAUUUGUUCCAGUGACAGCCAGCGUUUGUUUUUAAAGUGAACUUGUUAUAUAUUACACAAUAUUGUGAGUAGAAAUAUGCAAGAAAUAAUAGAACAAAAGAAAACCUCUUUUAUGCAUAUGUUCUCAUCAGUCACUGCUCAAAUAGGCGUGAAAAUAUACAAUUGCUGAAUGGCAUAUUGUCUGAGGCACUACCUGGUUGUUAAAAGUAUUGUCAUUGAGAAACUAAAUUUCUCCAUCUGGCUGGUACUUGAAGAAUGUUUAAGAUGACCCCAAAUACAAAGAUCUGUAUCUGACACUGACUACUUACACAAGUAGAAAUCUGCCUUUGGUACGCAGGGGAAGGGUCCCGUUUCUAUGCAGGGUGCCCUCUCAUAUGUCUCGUUUUUACCCUGGAUUGACACACCGGCUAACACUAUUUCUCUCUCGUUGAAAAACAAUGCUGAUACGAUCGGAGCAACCACUAUAAAUAUUUAGGAGAGGAAGUUUUAAAAGACCAUAAGCUGGCAUGGUAAAGGAACAUCACGGUAGACUCUUUUUGUAAAUUGAUUUUGUAUUUAAUGAAAUACAGUAUACAGGCUGGCGAAGUGUAAUAUAAUUGUGUAAACAAACCCUGUUAAUAGAGAGAUGUACAGAUUCGUUUUGUACUGUAUCUUGAACCUUGUGAAAUAAAAAUUCCACCUCUGGG